AUGGCUGUCCGAAAGAGAAAAUCUUCAUCCCAUUCCAGUUUGUACAACCGACUUAUUACCGUCGCCGUCGCUUUCGGGUCUAUGACCUAUGGCUACUCCUCUUCCAUCAUCGGAAGCACUAUCGGUCAGCCGGGAUGGUAUCGAUACUUUGAUCUUCCUAUGCAAGGCGAGCCAGGCUAUGGGGGAAAGACCACCGAAGCCAUCGGGACGGUGAAUGGUCUCUACAGUGCCGGCGGAGCGGUCGGCAGUCUGUUCAUCAUGUGGUCAGCAACAGCCAUCGGCCGCAAGCACAGCAUUCAGAUCGGAGCCAUCCUCGCCAUUAUCGGAGGUGCCUUUCAGGGCGGAGCAGCUGCGAUUGCAAUGUUCCAUGUCGGUCGAGUCAUAGCUGGUCUGGGAGUCGGCAUUCUGGUCACCGCUUGCCCAAUGUAUCUCUCCGAGCUGGCACCUCCCGAGAACCGUGGUUGGCUGGUCGGACACCACGCAAUCUUCCUGGUCUUCGGCUACAUGUUGUCGAGUUGGCUUGGGUAUGCGUGCUACUUUGCCACCAGCAAGAACGAGUCGUUCGCCUGGAGGUUUCCUCUCUGCAUUCAGAGUCUUCCACCGCUCGUUCUGCUCGUCACCUCGAUUUGGAUCCCGAGGUCACCGAGGUGGCUACUCCAGAAGGGCAAGAUCGAGGAGGCGUGGAAGGUGAUUCAAGCUCUGCGGAGAACACCAGACGAUCCCGACGACCUCGCGGCCAAAGAAGAACUUUACCAGACCAAGGAACAACUUGCCCUGGACCACGCCAAGCUGAAGGCGGUAGGAUAUGGCCCGUGGAAGGCCUGUAUCAAGAAGAAGAGCUAUCGGAAGAGGAUGAUUAUCGGCUUCUUGACUCAAUGGGGCGCCGAGUUUGCCGGCCCGCUGGUCAUUAACAACUACUCUGUCAUCUUAUACACCAAUCUGGGACAAACGGGUAGCAUGCCACUCCUUCUUUCCGCUCUUUGGCUAACCACCGCUGGUGUCAUCUACAACCCAGGCGGGGCCUGGCUCCACGACAAGGUGAAUUCUCGUCGACUGAUGUACAUGGUCGGCAUCACCGGCUGUCUCGUUACAACCUCCUGCCUGUGCGCCAUGAUUGCCAAGUACGCCGGGACUUCCAACCACGCUGGGAACUCGGCGGGUGUGGCCUUUGUCUUCUUAUACCUCAUGUUCCAGGGCACCUGCUGCGAUACGACCAUGUAUCUCUACGUCUCGGAGAUUUUCCCCACUGAGAUCCGGCCGAUUGGCAUGGGCUUUUCCAUGUUCGGCCAGUUCGCGGCGACGAUUAUCCUGCUGCAGACCGCGCCCAUCGGCAUCAACGACGUCGGCUGGAAAUACUACCUGGUCAUCGUGGCCUGGUGUAUCGUCUACUUGCCCAUGAUCUACUUCUUCUGGCCCGAGACGGCCCGGCUGUCGCUCGAAGAGAUCUCCAAGCAAUUUGGCGACGACGUGGCCGUCCAUGUCAACGACGUCAGCGAAGACCAGCGUCGCGAGCUCGACGAGUUCUUGAGGUCCAAGGAUAUUGUGCAUGCCGCUCCCUCUGAGAUUGAAACAGGGCCAUCGCCGAGCGGGGGGGUCGUGGAGACGGAGAAAGUCUGA